AUGCACUUAAACAUAUUGCGAGUUAUUGCGCUGCCCCUCCCCCGCUAUCAUGAGCUCACAUGCAUUCAGUCACGCCUUGACCGGGAAUUUUUCCAGGGUCCUAUCACUUCACUCGCAUUCUUCCGCGAUGCAGAGUAUCUUCUCGCUGGCGAGGACACCCAUCUGACUGUCUAUGAUUUACAGCCCGGCCAUGCUGUCCGUGUAGGCAGCGUUCGCGUCUUUUCAGCACAACCUAUCCAUGGAAUUCGUCUACUCAGCAAUGGGAGAGUUUUGACCUGGGGUGCUGCGCAGAUCGCGGUUGUUUCCAACAUUGAAGGGCUAAUUAGUGCUGCGGAUGGUCAAGUUGUGGUGAACAAGACGGCUGCUCCAGAUUGGGUCUACGAUGUUGCGCCGUCACCGUAUAAUGACUAUUCUGCGGUUCUUGCAACGGCUCAUAACGAGGUUUUUCACCUUCACUUGAGCGGUGGUGAUGCUCCGGUUGUUGGCGCUGUUGUCUCACCUUCGCGACCAAUUCUCUACGCUGCGAGAUUGAAAUGGUUGGAUCAAGACUCGGUUCUCAUGGCUGGAGGUACUAUCUUUGGUGAGAUCUUGGUAUGGCGUUGCCACAUCUCAGAGAGUCGAUCUGAGCUUCUUGCUAUUCUCAACGGACAUGAAGGAUCCAUUUUCGGUGUUGACAUUUCAGAGGAGCUCCCAUGUGAAGAUGGUUCGACCUUGAGACUUAUUGCUAGUUGCAGUGACGACCGUACUGUGAGAAUCUGGAACAUUACAGGACAAGACGGAGUGCACGAGAAGAAGCACGAUUUUUCUGCGCCACGAGAAACUGGUUUUGGGUCAAAGGCAGGUUUGGACGAUGGACCUAGGGCAGAGGAACUACGGCCUAUGGCGACAAUCAUGGGCCACUUGUCGAGAAUCUGGGGUAUCAAGUUUGCUGCCCUAACAGAAGGCCAGACGCUUCCAAAAACCCCAAUGUCCCUCUACUCCUUUGGAGAGGACUCGACUGCCCAACAAUGGCAAUUGAACAUCAACAUCUCGCUUGAGAACGCAUCGGGGUCCCUGAAGCACACCGAAACAUAUGCCGUACACGAUGGCAAGCAUCUCUGGGCACACGCUGUAGUAAACCGAGGAGACCAGACACUUAUUGCAACUGGCGGAGCUGACAGCAAGAUAUCGCUCAUCACGCAACCUGUCUCUCUAGCAUCUUCGACAUCGACAUCGACAAGUGAGCUAACUGGGCUUGACUUUCAAGAUGUCGCGACUAGUUUGUCGAACCUCCGCGAGUUGAAGCCACUUCGUGCACGGGAGAUAUUUAGUCGCUAUGACUUUAUCUCUGAUGAUCGGGUUCUGGUAACGACAAAUUGGGGACGACUCCUUGUGGGCGUUUUCCGACCAAACCUCGAGUGGAAAGAAAUCGAACUCGAAGAACAUAUGAACGUCGAGUUUCAAUCGUGCUAUACACUCAAGACGAUUGGUAAUGGAACUGCUAUCCUGGGAACGACCAGCGGCAAGUUAUACUACUUCUCUGAAGCGCAAGGAGUCACACUUGUUGGCUCUGUGCCUGGCAAGAUUUUCAAUAUCUCGAUCUUGUCGACUACUGGGGAGGGGCCUACUGAACUCAUUGUUCACUUGCACGGAACUUCAGACUCCCAAUACUUCUCGAUCGACUGGCGCACAGGAACCGUUGUAGCAACGACAGAUAUCCGCGGCAUUGAUAGAAGAUUUGUUGCCAUCUCUGCCGCUCGCUUCAGGAGUGACUUGAUCGCCAUUGGAUCACGCCACGGCUUCCUUUCAAUACUGAGACAGACUGGCAACGAGUUCCGUCCCAUCCUGGAUUUUAGAUUCAACACAUGCGAUGCUAUUACAGGCCUGGUGCCUCUGCCUGCCACCGAAGGACAAGAGGCUCCUUUGUACUUCUUGGCGACAAGUCGAGACACAAAGUACAGGAUCUAUGAGAUUGAAGACCUCGGCGAGGAAGUUCGGUUACACCUUCAGCAUGAAGUCGCUGCCCCCUCUGGUGCUGACAUAGAAGGAGGCUGGUUCACACAAGGCGCAUCUCCCGAAUUGAUCUUGUACGGCUUCAAGAGCAAGAAAUUUAUCGUCUGGAACGAAACCCGACGGGAAGAGAUUGCUUCAAUUGACUGUGGAGGUGCUCAUCGGACAUUUACUAUUGCACAUGACCCUGUUGACCACAACAAAGUUCGUUUCGGAUACACAAGGGUUAGCAAACUUUACGUCUUCUCGCAGCACACGCCGAUGCACCGACCGCUCAGGUAUGGAACACAUGGUAGAGAGAUUCGAGGCCUGAGCGCAAAUGGACGAUACGUCGCGACUGGUGCUGAAGACACAACGGUACGUAUCUGGGAAUAUGAAGUCCAGCAGUCCAGGCAGAAGGAUAGUGGUGGGUUGCGAUGCGUCGCUUCCACCAAGCUACAUAUUUCAGGUCUGCAAAAGAUUCACUGGGUCGGAGACGACUAUCUUCUCAGCAGUGCCGGCUUUGAAGAGUUUUUUGUGUGGUCGGUACGAAGGCUAGACUCGCAGUACAAAGGACUCGGCAUCCUGUGCGAAGGCAUUCUUGAAGACAAGAGCCCUGCUGCGGACCUUCGAAUCAUGGAUUUUGACGCUUGCAAGGACGCCCACGGAAAUAUCAUCAUCACCAUGAUACUGUCCAACUCGACCUUGAAAACAUACCGAUACACACCAGGAAAGGGUUUCCACCUCUUGGCCCGCAUGUCGUACACGGGAGCCUGUUUGACACAGGUUCGCCAUCUCGGGGUGGACGAAACGGGGCUUUCGGCACUUACAGCUUCUACGGACGGACAUUUGACGACCUGGGAAGUAAGCUUUGAUGGGGAUGAAGUUUCUAGUCAUGUGCUUGUACAAGUGGCUCCAGUACAUCAGAGCAGCAUCAAGUGUUUGGACCUCCACUCAACACCCGAAGGCUUUUUAGUCAUGACAGGUGGCGAUGACAACGGUCUUGGUGUCACGACACUUGUCGCCAUGUCAAAAGAGGCGGGUAACCGUAGGUACACAACCUCAAGCCGUGGAAUAGUACGCAAAGCCCAUGCAGCAGCAAUCAACGGUCUUGUGCUGGUACGACGCGGGGUAGAAACGGUUGGCAUUACUGUUAGCAAUGACCAGCGCGUCAAGGUCUGGAGUGUGAAACCGGGCAAUGUGAAAUUGGUAGCCGAUGCCUACAGCGGUGUUGCUGAUCCCGGCGAUAUCGCUAUCGUGGGAGAGAACGGGGGCGCUGAUGGCGAGAGGCUCAAGGUUGUACUUGGUGGAGUGGGUGCGGAGGUCUGGUCGUGGUAA